GAGCAACAAACCGACUACCGGAUUCGCCAUUCUAUUCAAUAACGUUAACAGCAGCAGGCAGACACAUUUAAAAAACGAUCAUUCCGAUAAAUCUAGUGCACAAGCAUACGCAUUAGAUCACAUGUCUUGCUAAAUUAACGGCUAGGUCGUCCGCCAUUGGCUAACAGACAAGCGAUUCACUACGGACUCAUCAAGGACAGAUGCUACCAGCACUUAGCACUGUGUCAAAUCAUCAUCUGGCGCUCACGUGACUUCUUCAUUUGCAUUGCAGUUGUAAAAUUCGUUUCCCGCAAUAUAUCGACUUGUGGGCGUUGUUUCGACUACAUCUGAGUUCGGUUUUGUUAUAUGAUCCUGUCCGUGGUUAAUUGUUUAUUUUUUUAACUUUCCGUCGAUGUAAAUCGCAUACAAUAAAGAUAUAUGAUGGCGGGACGGUUUGCAAAUAUCGUGAAUCGAGUCAGAAACGAUAAUAAUAAAAGUACCAGCAGGUUGAGGUCGGUUGUCACAGCUGAUGGGCUGCUAAGAGAGUACAACUCCGAAAGACACGGCAGACUUCUUCUGGAUGGGAUUGGUGAUGUGUUUCUGGCGAGACAGUUCACUGAUGUUGUUGUGAAGAUUGGAGAAACUGAAAUCAAGGCACACAAGUGCAUUCUCUCAGCAUGUUCUAAGUAUUUUAGAGCCAUGUUUACGACGGAUCUAAAAGAAGGCCAGACAGAUGUGGUGGAGCUGAAGAACAUGAAGGAGGACUCAGUCAAUAAGGUGGUGAACUUCAUGUAUACAGGCAAGAUACAGAUAGUAACAGACGGGGUGGAGGACCUGCUCAAAGUAGCUGAUAUGUUUGAUAUCCAGGAGGUCAGAGAUGCCUGUACUGAUACCCUCAUCAGGAACUUGUGUCCUGACAACUGCAUCAACAUGGCUAACUUAGCCUCUGCUCACAAUCUAGCAGCCCUCACUAAAGCAGCUCUGAAAUAUGCCCAUGAGAACGUGGAGACAGUCCUGCAGUCCCAGGAGUUCCUAAAAUCUUCCAUCGCACAGGUCAAAGCGCUAUUGUCGAGUGACGAACUGAACGUGAAGUCAGAGCUAACCGUGUUUGAUGGUGUUCUCAGAUGGAUCAAGCAUGAUAAGGGACCAAGACAACAAUAUAUAGAGGAAUUGUUCGGUUUGAUACGACUCUCAAUUAUACCCGUAGCAGAUCUUAUCGAGCGUGUGAGCAACGAAGAUGUUAUCAACACUAACUCCAAAUGUCGAGACAUGUUAAACAAAGCGAUGGAGGAGUACCACCAGAGUUUGAAGAACCCGAGCACCAGAAAAGCAAGCAGAAUAGGAGCCAAAGCCGGGCAUUUGUUCUGUCUGGGAGGAGAGGGAGCUGAGAGCAGGGUGGAGGUGUAUCAUAGCAACGUCAACAGGUGGGAACGAGGAAAAGUUGACAUGUUGGUUGGGAGAUCAGGUGCCAUGGCUGUGGCUCACUCAGGGAAACUCAUAUUUAUCAUAGGUGGACAGGAUAAGAGGAAAAGACCUCUGAACUCCGUCGACGUUUACGAUAUCAGAAUGAAGAACUGGAAAUCCUUGUCCUCAAUGUACGAACAACGAGUGUAUGGGGCUGCCACAAUUAUUGAGGGAAAUAUCUACGUGGCUGGAGGAGCAUUCGACAGAACAGUUCUAAUGUCAGCGGAGUUCUACAACAUUGAGAACGACAUCUGGAACAGGAUGGCGGCACUGACACAGCCUCGGUCAAGGUGCGGUUGUGCUACUGUAGACGGACAUAUGUAUGUAGUCGGCGGGCAUGAUGGCAUCAGAGAUCUUGAUAGUAUCUCCAGGUAUUCUCCUGAAACUGACUCUUGGACAGACCUCAAACCCAUGAGAUACGGCAGGAACGGAUGUGCUGUUGGAGCAGUUGAGUCACACAUAUUCGCUGUUGGUGGAUGCAGGAGUGAUGGUACAGUACUGUACAGUAUAGAGCGGUAUAACACCGAAACUGACCAGUGGAGUAGUGUUGGUCUCAUGCAGAGUGGAAGGUUCGCGCUGGCGGUCGCUGUGGUGUCCGGUCAACUCUUCAUAAUCGGAGGUAACGACGGUAAAGGAAGUGUGAAUGUUGUGGAGAAGUUUAACCCCGUCAAGAAUAAGAGUGAACUGGUUACCCCCAUGAAACGACCAAGGGAGUGGAUGGCUGUGGCUGUGACGUGAAGUGUUACCAUUCCACAAACUCGGACUCUUUAAACUGAUAUACAGACUGUCAGAGACUGUAAAAUUGUGUCUGAUCAAAUCAGUUUGUAGAUAGUUUGAUCUUGUUGGAUUUUAUUUAGAUGGUUCGAGUUUACCCGUUAUGGAUGAGCAUGAAAAAGGAAAGAAUUGAACCAAAUUUAUAUUUGGACAAGUAUUGUUAAAUUGCUGCUGAGUCCGCAAAUUUUUUAAUCGUAUUUGGUGCUUUAAAAUUUUUUUUUCACAAUACGUUGAGGCUAUUUGAAAUAAUAAAAAUACCCGACGAAUAACUAAUAACUAUUUAGAACAGAAGUUAACUUACUGUAAACAUAAAUGAUUUUGAGUACUGUGAUUGUCAUCUUUUAUUGGCAUUGCAGAGUUCGACUAUCAAUAUCAAAAAAUGUUUUUUUAUUUUAUGUCAAUGUCAUACUGUCAGUGUCAUAGUAGAACUUAGAAGUUUCUAUAA